GGUAUUCGAAUAUCGUCAACACUUCCCCUCUGUGAUGUUUGGAACAAUAGGAAGAAGUUCAUCGAGCGCAUGUGUCUUAAUUGUACCUAUAUUAAUAAUAAUGCACGUGUAUUCCAUUGAGGCUCAUCCGCAAAGAAGAUAUACUGAGGAGGAAAUUUGUUAUGAAACAAGGAAAACAUUCGAGACAGUGAAAAAAUGCCCAGAACAUCACAGCGUUAUCAUACAAAGAUCACAGAUGAAAAAUUGCAGCAAAUAUCCAAUGUGCCAUGAUAAACAAUUGAUAUAUCAUUGUUUUGGAUAUAACGAAUCCUUUGUUGAAGUGUGCGCUCCAAUAAGUCGGAUAGUAGGUAAUUUCUGUGUUCUGUUUGACUACGGAGUUGGAAGAAUAUUACCAGACUACAACAAGCCAUGCCCCGAAUGUCCAUCAAUAUACUCGUCAAAUGAAUCAUCAACAUAUUUAUCGUGUGUUGCACCAAUUUUGAGUACAUCUACAACUAAAACUGUUUUUGAUUCAACUUCUGACCUUGCCAAAUCAAACAACUUAAAAGAAAAACCAGCUAAAGGACACAAUAUCCGCCUUAUUUCAAAUCUGCCCGAACGCACCAACAGUGCUAGAUUGACAUCUGAACCUCUGGUAACAUCUACUCGUUUUAUGAUACCAGGGAAUGACACCAUCCAUACACGAGAGAACAGUAGUGAUUCUGCUGAAAUGUAUAUCAUAAUAAUUGGUUCAAUUUUCAUCAUGAUUGUGGUUGGAUUUGUUUUGUACAAAA